AUGGCCUGGAUCAGCAAUAUCUCCUGGUUUAAUCACUUUGCUCUACAUGAAGAACGUUUCAGAAGGUACUUGAACAGCACUGAGGAUUACUUAGCUUUCCUAUGUGGGCCCAGACGGAGCCAUCUGUUCUUGCCCAUGGCUUUGGUGUAUACCCUGAUCUUUGUUGUUGGGGUGGUAGGCAACUUCUUAGUUUGCCUGGUAAUCCUCAAGCACCGGAACAUGAAGACCCCGACCAACUACUAUCUCUUCAGCCUCGCCGUCUCAGACCUGCUUGUGCUGCUUUUUGGGAUGCCACUGGAAGUCUAUGAGAUGUGGAGCAACUAUCCCUUCUUGUUUGGGCCCAUUGGCUGCUAUUUCAAGACGGCACUCUUUGAGACGGUGUGUUUUGCCUCCAUCCUCAGUGUGACCACAGUCAGCGUGGAGAGAUACAUUGCCAUCCUCCAUCCUUUCCGUGCCAAGCUGGAGAGCACUCGCAAGCGUGCCCUGAGGACAAUCGUGGUGCUCUGGGUCCUCUCUGUCCUCUUCGCCCUCCCCAACACAGGCACCCAUGGCAUCAUGCUGCAGUAUUUCCCCAAUGGCACCCUGGUCCCUGGCUCUGCUACCUGCACUGUGGUCAUGCCCAUGUGGAUCUACAACUGCAUUGUCCAGAUUACUUCCUUUCUCUUCUAUGUGCUGCCCAUGGGGGUAAUCAGUGUGCUGUACUAUCUGAUGGGGCUAAGAUUGAAAGGAGAUAAAUCUUUGGAAGUGGAGGAAAUGGCUGUGAAUGUUCAGAGACCAUCCAGGAAAUCAGUCACCAAGAUGUUGUUUGUCCUUGUGAUGGUUUUUGCUAUCUGCUGGGCUCCAUUCCAUAUAGAUCGACUCUUCUUCAGCUUUGUUGUGGAAUGGACUGAGCCUCUGGCUAAUAUAUUCAACUUAAUUCAUGUGGUGUCAGGUGUUUUCUUCUAUCUGAGCUCUGCUGUGAACCCCAUCAUUUACAAUCUGUUGUCCCAGCGCUUCAGGAUGGCUUUCCUCAGUGUGAUUUCUCCUUGCUGCAAGCACUGGGCUCCUAAACAUCCCACUAGCAAGGUUCCUGCACAACAGAGCAUCUUUGUGGUUGAGGACCACAAUCUUGUGGACUCUGCUGAAGAUACAAGUCUCCCUGGCACCCACAGGACAUCUGUCAGCAGUUCUCAGCUCUCUACUGGUCUGUGACUUUCCUUGUUGUGGUCCAGGUGAGAGAGAAGUGAAAGAAAAUGACUUUAAGAAAGGAGGAGAGACUCUCCUAAAAGACUGAUUUCAGCAAGAAGAGCUCACAGAUGUGUCUUGUUGAAUGAAUGAAGGAGGAGACUGUAAAUAGCAGAUGGUUGAGAAGCAUUGUACUAUUCUCAAGUUAAUAGGAGGGCUGGAAAUCUCAGUUUACCGGCUGCCAACGAUGCUAGCAAGGAGCUGCUUUGCAAAAAUGAGACACGCUGCCAAUGCCACCAGCACAGGAGGGAGACAAGGCUUAUCCAAAUGUUACCGAAUGGCUUUUUGUGCACCAGCCUAAAUGUCAGUUUACUUAGUUUCAAAUGGGGCAACCUGCUGCACAAGCGUUGUCUACUCACUUCUACCUUCCAGCAAGCCAGUCUCACUUCUCUCCCCUAUGAUCUUCUUGAGGUGCAGCUUUUGCAAGCCUCUCCUGGCAAC